GUGUUCAAUUAGGUUUAUAUGGAGAGACAAAGAAACUUUUAUCUGAAUAAAAUUCAUUAUUGAAGAAAGAUCUCUCAAGAUAAAAGAAAAGGGUAUAUAUCAUUACGUGAAGAGAUGAAGUUUGGAAAGUACCUUGCACUGAGGCAGUUGGAGCUUCCUGAAUAUUCGGGUCAUUUCAUUGACUAUAAGGCAUUGAAAAAGCUCAUCAAACAACUUGCAGGACAACAAGAUACUUCACUGAUUCAAGCUGGACAAACAUUAAAAGAGAAUAAGGCUUCAUUCUUUUUCAGAGUGGAACGUGAAUUAGAGAAGGUCAACUCGUUCUACCUUGAAAAACAGGCCAAUUUGGCAGUAAAUUUAGAUCUUCUAAUGAUGAAGAAGUCUGAAUUCUUAGAGAAACAAGAUUACGCAGGGACUCCCAACAAUAUAGAGUCAACAACAACAUUUAGAAAUUCUAUUUCAUAUUUGAAUUUAUAUCAAAACUUUAAAAAAAUUCAUCAAGAUUUAAUUAGACUUCAACAAUUUAUAGAAUUGAAUGAAACUGGGUUUUCUAAAGUGGUGAAGAAAUGGGAUAAAAGAUCCAAAUCACAUACUAAAGAGUUAUUUAUUCAGAGUGCAGUAAGUGUACAACCAGUGUUUCAUAAGAAUGAAAUAAAUGAAUUGAGUGAUUUAGUUACUCAAUGUCUUUUCGAUUUGGAAUCAUUAGUGGAGGGGGAUUUUUCCUCUAUCGCAGUGGUACCAACUUCUACCACAUCCAAUUCAGUAUCUACAACUGGUUCUUCUGGAGCUGCUAAUUCAGGAAUCCCAAGAUUACAAUCCCGUAGAGGCUCAUCAUCAACUUUCAAUAACCCAGAAAGAAAUUCAUCAAUAGGAUCAGUAAGUUCAAUAAUGGGACCAAAUUUCCUGAAUCUGAGAAGUGGAUCCAUUGUGAAUAUCAAUGAUGGAGAAAUUGAUGAUUUAUAUUCUAGUUUCAUCAAUGUUGCCACCAUUAAAGACCCAGAUUCAACGUUAUUAUCUCAGUGGGUCGAUAAGGUGAAUGGAUCAACCAAAUCUAACCCUUCUGGUACAGGUGCAACUGCUGCUAAAUACAAGUUUUCAAAGGUAUUUUUGUUGUCAAUAACGAAUUUAAAGAUUUCUGAUUCAUUUUUAGAAACUUUUUUGAACCUUAUUGACUAUAAUAUCGAUCUUGCAUUUAUUAGUGAUGAUUUGAACAAUAAUAAAAACAUAAUCCAUGAAUGUUGUUCAAUACCACCUGCAUCAACACAUGAGAGCCAUCAUCACGUUGUGAUCAAUAACGGGGUGAAAGUAUUGAGUUCCACUGAUAGCAUCAACCACUCCAGAACAUUCAUUGUAAAAUACAUGAUGGACACUUCAUCACCUGAACUUCGUUCUAAAUUACUUAUGAGCAAGGCAUUCAAUGGUAGAAGUUGUCUUCAUUAUGCUUCCCAAUAUAAUCGUCUAGACCUUUUGGAUAUUAUUUUACCUUAUUUCCCCAAGCAAAAUAUUGAUGAUUUAGACAACGAAUCCAUGUCUGCAUUACUUUUAGCCAUCAAACACACAAACUUUGAAGCUAUUUCCAAGUUGGUCAAUGCUGGAAGUAAUUGCUUCCCACAAACAAAUGAUUUGAAACUUCAAUAUCUCCCAAUUAAUUAUGCUUGUAAAUUUGGGAACUAUGAAAUUUUGGAAUAUAUCUUGAGUCAACAUACCCCAGAGAUGCCUUCAAUCAACCAACAAGAUGUGGAAGGCUUAUUACCCUUGCACGUGAUCUCCAGAUCUGGCCAUUACACCCUUAUCAAGUUGUUGAUUAAAUAUGGAGCUGCUGUCAACCAAAUCGAUGGUUUAAACAAAUGGCCACCACUCUUUUAUGCUGCACUGGAAGGACAUGCCAAAACUACUCAAGAAUUGGUUAAGUUUGGAGCUAAGCUUGAUAUUGUUGAUGAAGAUGGGUUUAAUGUUCUUUACUAUUGUGUCCUAGAGGGCCAUAUACAGGUGUUGAACGAGUUCUUAAGCUAUUAUGAUGAUAUAUUUGGGAAUAAUUCUGGAAUAUAUUCUUUAGAAAAGGCUAAUCCAAAUAAAGAGUUUACUUCUGAUACAUCUAUGUUAUCCGAAACCAAUAAUGGAUCCAAGAACAAAACAGACUCUGGUAUGACUAUACUUGAUGAAGAUCUCGAUUCUGAAGAUAGCGGGAAUGUCGACAAAAAUAAUAUAGAUUCUAUUCCAGACUUGCAAUUACCACCACCUAUCUUACCAUUGAGAAGAUAUGGUCACAAUUUCUUGGAACAAAAAGUGUUAAUUGAGCUUAUAUUCCCACUGGAUGGUCAAUUCAUCAAUUUAUUUAACUCUGUUGCUGAUCUCAAACCAGGUCGGUUAACUUUAACUUCCAAUAUUAGUGACAUUGUUCCCAGAAACAUUCUAUUACCAAUUACAGAAGAGACCAAGGCGAACAGUAAUUGUAUCUUCCAAACGGAAGAGGACUCAUUGCACGAAUUUAGAAUUGAUUUUGAAAUAUUCCCCAAGUUUGGAACGAGACUUAUAGCGAAAACGACAGCAUUAUCAUUCUCACAAAUCGAUACCUCAUCCCCUGAAAUAAAUUCAAUUCAAUUACCGUUGUUUGAUCUCAGGUUAAGAAAUAUUGGAGAAUUGAAAUUCAAUUAUCAAGUAAUUUUCCCAUUUGCUGGUACCUUAUUGGAAACUUCUAAAUUUGAUACAUAUUGGAAAUCUUCCACCAGUUUCGUUAAGAAUCGCCAAACACUUAAAUUAAAUGCAGCAGGAGGUUUAUCACCAAAUAAUUUCUUGUCUUCCAACAUUAAUUCGACCAUUGGAGGAAACAAUGCCAAUUCUCAAAAUGGGAAUGGAGUUAGUGCCCAUGGAAACCCUGCUAUAAAUACAACCACAGACAUUAUGGCUACUUCUGCACCUUCAUCAUUUGUCACUGCUACUUCCUUAUCAGGAGAAUAUUUGCGGAUUAAGGUGUGUUUAUUAAACGAUGGGACUCCCAUUGCCUGUCCAUUCUGGUCAAUCGCAGUUACUGAAAGUAUUGAUUUAUAUCUUCCAAAUCUUUCAUUGGAACAAUUACAUUCUAUUACAAAUGACCUCUUUGACUAUAAUAAGGUUAUUCACGAUUUAUCCAAAAUGACAUUAAAGGACUUGCCAUUGAUCAAAAAAUUAUUGAAAAUCAUUUAUUUACCGUUGGAUUUACUUUUAGAUAUCUUAAGUUUUGAUAUCAAUUUGAAUCUUGAAAUUGUUUUCCCCUCCCAAUAUGAACUAGAAAAGUUACCAAUUGUUGUGAACAUCCAACUGAAUUUGAAUAAGUUUAUCGAUCUUACCUUAAACAAUGUCUUUAACCAUAUUAGAACACAAAAGAUGAAGAAUCAUAAUGGGAUUGGUAGAUCUAUAAUCUUACUCUCUUCCAACUCGUUAAUAUGUAAGAUUCUCAAUUGGAAACAACCAAAUUUCCCAGUCUUUUUGAUCAUGAACGGUAUUAAGUACAACCAAUCCAAGAGAAUAUUCGAAUCUAGAACCACAAAUGGACUUUUAAUGGAAGAUACAACAGACGAAGCAGAAAAGGAAUGGUCCACUAAGAAUUUACCAGAAGUUUCUUCUCAAAAGAGAAAUGCUACCGGUCAAGAAGUUACCAUUAGAUCUAUCAAAGAAGCUGUGAAUUUCACUAUUAAUAAUAAUUUAAUUGGAUUGAUCACUUCAGUUCAUUUGUUAAACUUGGUUCCAAAGCUUGUUCCGCUCAUUCGGUCCCGUGGUCUUGUCUUAGUUGCAUCCAGUGAUAAUUUUGACGACCAUGACCAACAAGAGGGAUAUAUCCUUGGAAAAGAAUUAGACGCUUAUACGAAAACGGAUAUCAAUGGUUUGAGAUUCGAUGAUGUUUUGAGCUUUAAGGAAGAUGUUACUAUGUAAAUACCCUUGAAUGUGCUACUAAUGUAUAUAGAUAUAUAUGUAUAACUAUUAUUUUAUAUGCCUACUAUCAAGAACAAUGCGCUAUAGAUAACGUCUGAUUGUAUUUAGUUU